AUGAAUCACGGCGAAGGUUGGAAUUCCGGUGGCCGUCGGGAUCAUAGGGGCCGCUCUCAGGCGACUUGGCAAAAAGUAAACUGCAAAAGUCCGAUUGAUAGGGGUAGAGGGUUUCGAGGAGGAGGAAGAUGUACACAAUCAUUGUCUCGUAGAAAUAACAAUAGUCCAGUGCAAGUGUACUUUGAGAAGUCUAAAAUCUCCAAUGUGGGAUUAGUGGAAAAGUCAGCUCAGCAAGAAGUAAAGUCUGGGGACAACACGGAUGUUUUGCAACCAUCUGCUUCGUCUGUCUCUAGAGAAUGUGAGGAUAUGAAGGGCGGUGGAAUGUCUUGUGAUUUAAUGACUAGGAUGGGGGAUGAUUCGCUCUCUGGCCAGGUGUCUAUGUCUUCUACAAGUGAUAGCAAGGUUGAGAUUUCUAGUGUUAUAGGGAACGCUUCGGAUGAUAGCAACACUAAACUUUUUGAUAUCUACCUCGAGAGGAAGGGGAAUGAACUAAAACCUUUCUUCUUGGAACUGAACAGAGAAAAGAGGAGAGCUGCUAAGGGGUACACUGGGUUUGUUAUUAGACCUGGGAUGGUACAUCUCCAGAACUACUUGUCAUUCAACGAUCAGGUGAUGAUUGUGAAGAAAUUCUGGGAGCUUGGUUUGGGUGAAGGAGGCUUCUAUCAACCACAUUUUCGAGAUGGAGCAUCAUUGCAUUUGAAAAUGAUGUGCCUUGGGAAAAACUGGGACCCUCAAACAUCUCGAUAUGGAGAUACUCAACCACAUGAUGGUUCUGUUCCACCAAAAGAUUCCUUUUGA